AUGGAGCUGCCCGCCGCGGCCGCGGACGCAGUCGGGAAUCCAGCCGCCGCCACCGCCACUGCCCUCAUCGGGGGCCCCGGGGAGUUGGAACUGGCGUUAGAGGAGGAGCUGGCGCUGCUGGCGGCUGGAGAACGGCCGUCCGAGCCCGGGGAGCAUCCUCAGGCCGAGCCCGGGCCUCCAGCCAAGGCGGCCGGACUGCAGCCGCCGCCCGCCCAGGAUCCCGAGCUGCUGUCAGUGAUCCGGGAAGAAGGAUCUGGUCUUGGCGGCCCGACUGGGCAAGGCAUUGCUCGAGAGAAAUCAGGACAUGAGCCGGCAGUACGAACAGAUGCACAAGGAACUAACAGAUAA